AGAAAAUGAAUUAAAAGGCUGUGGUACCAAUGAUGAAGAGGAGGAAGAAGGGGAACAAUUUGAUUUCGAUAGUGGCGAUGAAAUACCAGAAGCAGACAGACAAGCACUUGUGCCACCUGCUUCAGACUCUGGGAUUAAUGCAGAACAUGAAGACACUAACUCCACAGGGGAUGACAACAUAGGUAGAACUGAGAAAAUACAAACAACAGAAUCCCGUGCAGAUGGCGCUCCAACAAAAGUAAACCCGUAUUCAGUCAUAAAUAUUUCACCAAUCCAAGAAAAGGAUCAUUCCUCAUCACCAGAACCCAAUCCUCAAGAUGAAAAUGCAAGCCCUAACUUGUCUGGUGUAUAUUCUGUUCCGGUGCCCUGUGGCUAUGCUGUACCAUCCAAUUUACCACUGAUGCUGCCGGCAUAUUCCAGUCCUGUCAUAAUACGCAGUGUUUCUGUGGACGAAGAAGUGGGUAUGCAGUCAGUAACUGAAGAUGGCAAUAGUAAUUCCUUGAGCUCAGAGGAUCCCCCAAAUAGUGAAGAUAACCAGGUCAGUAAAGAAGAAGAUGCUCUAGCCAAAUGGGUUGCAGAUCCUGCAAACACAUCAUGGAUGGAAAACCCAGAUGAAGUAAUUUAUGACGAUGUGCCAAAAGAAGAUUCAGACACUGAACCAGAGGAAAUGAUUUAUGAUGAUGUUGAAAAUGGAGAUGAAGGUGGAAACAGCUCCCUAGAAUACGGAUGGAGUUCAAGUGAGUUUGAAAGCUAUGAAGAACAAAGUGACUCAGAGUGCAAAGAUGGAAUUCCCAGCUCCUUUUUGCGAGGCAACCACAAAAGACAUAUGCAAAAGCUGAUGAGGGCUGCCAGGGAAGGUACCAAAGAUGGCUACGAAAAGACUAAAGCAGCUGUGAAGAAAGGUCGGUCAUUCAUCAGAACCAAAUCCUUUAUUACCCACGAUAAUAAAGCAUCCUGUCUGGAAGAAGAGGAACUAAAUUUAUUUAUUGAUGUUGACUGUAUGCAUACAGAAGCAAUUAUGACUCCUAUGCCUGAAGGAUUAUCACAGCAACAGGUUGUGAGAAGAUAUAUUCUGGGCUCUGUGGUUGACAGUGAGAAGAAUUAUGUGGAUGCUCUCAAAAGAAUUCUGGAGCAAUAUGAGAAGCCUCUCUCAGAAAUGGAACCAAAGCUACUGAGUGAAAGAAAACUCAAAAUGGUCUUUUAUCGUAUUAAGGAGAUUCUUCAGUGCCAUUCAAUGUUUCAGAUAGCACUGGCCAGCCGUGUCUCUGAAUGGGAUUCUGUUGAAAUGAUUGGAGAUGUCUUUGUUGCUUCAUUUUCUAAAUCCAUGGUUCUAGAUGCAUACAGUGAGUAUGUAAAUAACUUCAGUACAGCAGUGGGGAUUCUCAAGAAAACAUGUGCCACGAAGCCUGCCUUUCUAGAUUUUUUAAAGCAAUGCCAGGAGUCGAGCCCUGAUCGAAUUACACUCUAUGGUUUAAUGAUGAAACCCAUACAACGCUUUCCACAGUUCAUUCUUCUGCUUCAGGAUAUGUUGAAAAAUACUACUAAAGGACAUCCUGACAGGCUGCCACUGCAGAUGGCUCUUACAGAGCUCGAAACAUUGGCAGAGAAAUUAAAUGAAAGGAAAAGAGAUGCAGAUCAGCGCUGUGAAAUAAAGCAGAUCGCAAAAGCCAUGAAUGAACGUUAUCUGAACAAGUUACUCAGCAGUGGAAACCGAUACCUAAUACGGACUGAUGAUAUGAUAGAAACAGUUUACAACGAGAAAGGAGAAAUUGUCAAAACCAAAGAACGACGACUCUUCAUGCUGAACGAUGUAUUGAUGUGUGCAACAGUGAGUGCACGCUCUUCAUAUGAAAGCAGUGGCAUCAUGGCAACUGGCCUAAGGUAUUUAUUAAAAUGGAGUGUGCCACUUGGACAAGUGGAAGUAAUAGAAUAUGGCAGCAGUGAAGGCCAAGGAGAGAACUGCAGAUUCCCACCUCAGCACUCAGCCGAGAAUGUCAUCGUUAAUGUUAAGCCAAUCAGUUUAUGUAUGUCUCCAAAGGUUACCAUGGAAACAAAUGUGGGCAACUUGAACCAGUCAGUGGCCCAUGACUGGACAUCAGGUUUACAAAAACUUAUAUUGAAAAAAGAAGAUGAAAUCAGAGCUGCGGAUCGCUGCAGAAUUCAGCUGCAGCUUCCAGGGAAGCAGGACAAGUCUGGGCGACCAACUUUCUUUACUGCAGUGUUCAAUACAUUUACUCCUGCUAUCAAACAGUCUUGGAUCACCAAUUUACAAAUGGCAAAGCUUGCUCUUGCAGAGGAGAACCUCCUGGGGUGGUUCUGUGUAGAAGACGAUGGGAAUCAGAUCAAAAAAGAGAAGCAUCCUCUCCUUGUUAGACACAUGCCAGUAACGGUGGCCAAACAACAGGAAUUUAAGAUUGAAUGUGCUACUUAUAAUCCUGACCCUUACCUCUGUAGCGAAACUGAGUCAGAUUCCUGUUCCACGGAGCAUGGUUUUCUGUGGAUUGGCAGUUGCACUAAUCAAAUGGGCCAAAUUGCAAUUGUUUCAUUUCAAAACUCCAGUCCCAAGGUUAUCGAGUGCUUCAAUGUGGAAUCACGCAUUCUCUGCAUGGUCUACAUUCCAGAGGAAGAGAAACAGAAAGAGUUAAAAGUGGCUCCAGAGUCUGAAAAUAUGGCUAUGAAAACCUUAAAAGUGCCUACUGUCUGCUUGGGCAUGGAGGAAGGAAGCAUUUCUAUUUACAAGAGUCAUCAAGGCUCCAAGAAAGUCCGACUUCAGCACUUCUUCACCCCAGAAAAAUCAACGGUCAUGAGCCUAACGUCUCUGUCGCAGUACUUGUUUGCUGGUCUGGUUAAUGGGAACAUUGCAAUCUACACAAAAGCAGAAGAUGGAGCCUGGAAUUCAGAACCCCAGAAAGUAGUGAAAUUAGGGGUUCUGCCAGUUAGAAGUCUACUCAUGAUGGAAGAUACCAUUUGGGCUGCGUCUGGUGGACAAAUUUUUAUAAUCAGUACUGAGACACAUACAGUAGAGCGCCAUUUUGAAGCUCAUCAAGAAGAAGGGAUGGUGAUCUCACACAUGGCUGUUGCAGGAGUGGGAAUCUGGAUUGCCUUCACAUCUGGAUCUACACUCCGCCUGUUCCACACUGAGACACUGAAACACCUCCAGGACAUUAACAUUGCCACUCCUGUUCACAAUAUGUUGUCAGGACAACAACGUGUUUCUGUGACCAGUCUGCUGGUGUGCCAUGGAUUAUUGUUAGUUGGAACAAAUCUGGGUAUUAUAGUAGCACUACCAGUGCCUCGUUUGCAAGGAAUUCCAAAAGUAACGGGAAGGGGAAUGGUAUCCUAUCAUGCACAUAAUGGCCCAGUCAAAUUCCUUGUAAUGGUUACAGCUGUAAACAAGAAAAACAAAAGCAAAUCAAGAAACAGUCUGCCUCCUAACUCCGAAUCUAAAGAAGAUGACCAAAAAAAUGUCCUGCACAAUGACAGACCAAGCUCUUCCCUAAGUAACACUCAUGACACGGCAGUGUGGCUAGGUGGUUCAGUAGGAUCCAUUGCACAAAGAAGUGACAUGUCUUCAUCUUCUGGGUCCCUAACAUUGUCUCAUGGGUCAAAUUCCCUAGAACGUAGGCCGGAGGACAGCACCAUUUAUGAGCUCUUGAAGGAUCAAAACAUCUCACUUAAAAAUAAAAGACAGCGAUCCAGGAAAAUGAAAGCAAGUUCAGUGUUAGUCAUCUCUGGAGGACAAGGACAUAGAAGGGUGAACAAGAAGUCCAAGCAGCAGCGACAGGAUGAACUGGUAUCUUCUGUGAUGGUUUGGCAGAUUCCGCUAUUAAACAUCUAAGUGACUAAAACCAUGUUAAACGGUGACUUUUUACAAAGUCAUUUGAUUUCAUUCCUAAACUCUACAUUUGUUAUGAUGCUUUGUCUUUUAAAGGGAUUUCUGAUGUAAUCUUACUACAGUGAAUACCAAGGACCAAACCCUGCAGCCAUUACUCAUGUGAGCAGUCCUGUUGAAGUCAAUUGGAUUGAUCACCUGGGUAAGGGCUGCAAGAUAGAUUCCUAACCUAUUUAGAACAUCCUACCUUAUUACAAUAUUGAAAAUAUUUAGCUGCUGCUGAGGGCUCUGCUACUUAAAAUAUUGGGGAUAUAUCAGACCCUUUUAAAUGGUUUUAGAAUCUCCACUUUAUUUAUAUUCAAGUUUAUAUCUGUCAUUAUUAUGAUUCGUAGCACUUAGGAGAGGCAGGGAAGAUAUACCAUUUCACAUGCUGUUUUUUGCUUUCUUAAGUCAGCACUUUUUUCAAAAGUGAUUCUUGCAUGUACUGUGCAUUUUAAAAAAGUAGCAAAUAUUUUGAGCAAUAAAUAUACUAAUAAAGGAUAACAGGUUAAUUCAGUAAUCACUAUAUAAUAUAAUUCAACAAGAAAGUGUAUGGGUUCGACCAAAAAAAUUAACCGUCAGAUAGGCUAAUUGUUUUUGUAUCUUUCAAAGCAAAAAUACAUUGUUAAUUUCUAAUGCUCAAUAUUAUUAAAAAACAAUGCUGGAGGGGAAAAAAAGUGUGUUAACAGCAUUGGAAGAUGUGAUAUCUAUCUAUAUUGUUUACCUUUACUCCUUAGUGGAGGCCCUUGCACAUGAUGAUUUGGGACAAAUAGAAAAUACAAUACAGGUUGAAGAUACAAAAUAGAUGUGCAUUCUAACUAACUUCUUGGUGCCAGUGUUGGCAGUGCAUUCUGUUUCUGGCAGUGGGGUGUACUUCUAGCAUCACGGGUAUGUAGAAAAUCUGUGUGCCAUUUUUAACAAUACAUACAUUUUCAUUCUAUGAUAGCAGUGAAGCAAUUAAAACAUGAAGAGGUACAUGGUUACACAGUGAAUAAAUGCAGGGAAUUAAUACUGAGUAUAAGACCAUCUGAAUAUAUCAAUAUCUACAGGAAGCGCACAUAGUAAUGCAGGCAUUCAUCUGAAAUCAAUUAAUGUGCACUUUAGGCAUGACUACAGGCUAAAAUCCACUACGUAAUGUCGGUACAUAGAAGUGUGCUCUAGUGCUCAUCUGCAAGCAGCAGGGACAUGGCCAUCUCUCAGCAGUAGUCACCCCCCCUAAGCCUGCCAGAAUUUCAGAUAAAUAGCUUCUUUCCCUAAAAUGAAUACCGUACGGUAAAGACAGAGCCAGAUUCUCUGCUGCACCCAGUCUUUGCUGAUGGUCACGGGGCAAGGAAGGUUCAAAUGGAUUAACUGGGGGUUUCUCUAGACUACAUCAGCUGGUAACUAACCCCAAGAGACUGUCCACCAGCUGAGAAUGUCUGGAUCUUUGGCCACCUGCCCAUCCACCUUUCUGGCAUAUCCUGUCUCACCCCCCUUCCAUGUCCAGGGCCAGCGUGGAAGAGAACUAUUCUGGGGGAAUUCUCAACUAGAAAGAUCCAGGCAUUUUCCAGCCAGUUUAUGCCACUCCGGUAGUGCUAAGGGGCCAAACUGCAAGAGGGAACCUGGCCAUAUAUUCUCAUUUAACAAGUAGAAUUGUAUGUUGCCUCAUUAAGUUAGAGUGCAGUGGGAAUUUUAUUAGAAUUUAGGGUGCUAUAGGUCAAAUUACUUUAUGGGAGGGAGUAGCCACCUCAUUGGGUGUGAGAAUGAAACAAAGCCUCCAGUUCAGAAAAGGACUGUACUGAAGCAUGUUUGUCUUGAAUACGGAUGCUUUCCUGAACUAGGGUCUAACUAGGGGAUAGCCUGAGUACUAGAAAACAUAAAAGAGGCCAGGUAAAUCUAUGCCUAUCAAGCUUCAUUUGGAUGUGGUAAACUCUACAGUGCAUGACCAUCAACAGAAUGUAAGAGCAUAGAAUAUGAGCAAAACAUUUCCUAAAGCAGAAUAAAUGGCAAAUGUUUGCAUUGGCUAGAGUCAAGUAAACAACAUAAGGUUUUGAUUACCUAAAUAAAGUGCAUAUACUUUGGGACUAUUUUUAUUCCAGCUUGGAAAAAAGGUUUCCACAUAUUUCAAAUGAUGUCCGUCACCUCUGAUAUAAACUGCUUAAUCUCACCAAGCAGUCAGAUCUGUGUGGGCAGACCCUUGUGGCAGCGCAGAAUCCCACUGACUUCAGUGGAAUUCUCCACAAGCAUAAAAAUCCACCUGUGCAGAUCUGACUGCAGGGUCAGGGCCUAAAUUCUUAUUCUAUGCCCAUUGCCAAGGUAUCUGAUUGUUUCAUUGGGUGUUGUCCCUUGCUUACUUUAUUAAAGUAUUAAAUUUUGAUUAAAAUUUAACUUCAGGAUAAAAAACAAAUGUUGACUGGCUUUUAUUCAUAAACUAUAUGUAACCCUUGUCCUUCUGCUUCUCUGCAAAGAGAAGAAACCAGUUCUGAUUCCGCACGGUGCCCAUGUUUGGAAUUCUAUUGCCAGGCGUGUCUGGCAUGAAGGAUUGCACCCACAGUUACACAGCUCUUUAUUAUUGGUAACAGUGGGCUGAGUCCACAAGCCCCCGCCAUGUUGAACUGGAAUUCCAUGCAUGGAAGAUUUGCAGGAUCCGCUACUACAGAUACACAACUAUCUAUUUUAACAUUUUAGGAGACAAACCUCCUUAUAUUCUAGCCAAAAUAUACUUUUCUUUUAUUUAUAAACAGUAGAAACACAGCACAGUCAUGCUCCUAUGAAAGUCAAUGGGAGUUUUGCUACUGACUUCAAUAGUAACAGGACUGGGCCCAUGAUUUAUCUUUCUUUAAUUAUAACUUUUUGCAACUAAGCACUAUAUAAGCAUUACUAGGAUAUGAGGCAAAGAGAAGCUUUAGAGCAUGUUAUAAAACUAUACAUCAAAGUUCUAGCCAGUGAUCAAACUCAAUGUCCAAUGUUUGCUUUGUGAUAUACUGCUAACUUGUAUUACAUUAACACCAAAAGCAAGCCAAAGGUACUUUUACAGUCGAUAAGAAAACUUGAUAGAUACAUUUGACUGUGUUGCUAGGUAGGUCAGAUUUGGCUUCUAAUGUCACUUUAAGAUGUGGAAAAAACUUAAGAGGAAAGGGGAAAUAGUGUAACCACUACAAUACGUUACAUGUUAUAUUUUUAACAAAUAAUAUCUAUGUUAUAGUGUGAGCCAUAACUGUGUAUUUGUGUCCAAAGUAAACUCAGCAAAAUGUUUGUUUAAAAAAAAACUGUGAAUAAAAAAA